UAGAUUAUAUACAUAUCACAUAUAAGCAUUUUAUCUAACUGAAAUAAAUCUUCGAGCGAUGACAUUAUCAAAGGUAUUUAAUCGGAAAAUUCUCGUCAAUCCUUACUAUACAGAUGGACACUAGAAGCUAUCUAUAUUUGCGAAAAACGUUCUAAAUUAAGUAAUAAAAAGACUUGUAGCCGUCUAAUGAAUAUCGCCUGUACGUAUGAAGAAACAAUGGUGCUAUGUGUCGUGUAAAGCUUGACAGUUAAACAUAAGAAGUAAGAAUAAAGACAUCCAUAUAUAUAUUAUUGCAUUAAUUGAAGCAAGAUGAAGUUUGCAGAACAUCUGUCUGCUCACAUUACGCCUGAAUGGCGUAAGCAAUACAUAAGCUAUGAGGAAAUGAAGGCAAUGCUCUAUACUGCUGUAGAAGAAGCACCGUCAGCUGAAAGUGUUGUUCGUGAUAUUUCGAUCGCACCGAUAGAAAGUUCUGAUCAAACGCAAAUUUUGCGUAUGAUGGGUGAAGAAGAAAAUGGUGUACUCAAUAGAGGUAAACGUAAAGUUGGUGGUAAACGACAAGCUACUAGUAAAGAAGACAAACGGGCAUUGCUGAAAGAAGAAACAGUUGAUAUAGAUAUAUCAAAUGCCAGUUAAAAAUAGUUCAAUUGUUUUAUUAUCAGAACCUACGCAAAGCAAUAUUAUUCCAAAUUUAAUGUAAUUUUUAUAUAGGCAAUAGUUUGCCAGAAAAAGUGCAGGUCGUACUUUAUGAACAAUUUAUAUUUCCUUUGUGCAUCAAAAUUGAAGAUUGUGAGGCUGAACUGAACGAGUGCCUUGUAUAUAUCCUGUUUAUUAAACUAUGAAUUUAAUAACUUAGUGUAAAGAUAUAGAAGGGAUUUGGAAAUUCAAAUAGUUCACUUUAUUCAACACACAACAGUUAUACACAUAUGUUAUACUCUGAAGACCUCGUAAAUCUACUCGCACGCUCGCUUGUUGUCAACCGACUCUUCCAGAUGCUUCUUAACGACGGCUACAAGAGCUGCUUCAGGAGCUGUGGAUUUUAAUGCUAAAGUCUGGGAUGCAAUUAAAGGAGAAGAAAUUCAUUCGUUUCAACACAAACAUAUUGUAAAGUCUGUCAACUUCAGCAUUGAUUCUAAUUAUUUGUGCACAGGUUCUAAUGAGAAACUUGUGCGAAUUUAUGAUCUUAACAAACCA